UCUGUUUGUUCCUCCUCUCUCUCUCUCUCUCUCUCUCUCUCUCUCUCUUUCUUUCUAUCUCACUCUGUCCCUGGUCGAUGCUGUGAGUUCCUCCUCUCUGUGUUUGGGGGGGUUGAACACAGGAUUCUCACUGCUUUCCUCUCAGUCUGCAAUCAGCAACGGACACACACGCACACAGACGCAGCAGCUAUGAGCGCAGACGAUGUGGUGUGCACAGGAUGGCUCAUAAAAUCCCCUCCGGAGAAGAAGCUAAAGAGAUUUUCAUGGCGAAAGCGAUGGUUUGUUUUGCGGAGGGGUCGGAUGAGCGGAAAUCCUGACGUUUUGGAAUAUUACCGUAGCAAGAGCUCCCGGAAACCAAUCAGAACCAUUGACCUGCAGGAGUGUGAGGUCACCAUUGAGGCAGAGGUACGGCCCACUAAACGUCAGUACCAAAAUCAGCACCUGUUUGUGGUCAAGACCACCACACGCAUCUUUUACCUACUGGCCAAAACAGCUGAAGAGAUGAACAUCUGGGUACAGAACAUUGGACAGAUUUGUACGUUUGGAGGACUGAACAGACAUGCAGAAUCAAUGGACAGUCUAAAUCACACUCCCUCUUCCCAGCAGCCAUCUCCAGCACUCUCUCCUCAUGUUUCUCUUGUGGCCAAUCAGGACACAGUUACCAUCGACAGCCACGCUGUCCUAGACAGGACUAGCGAAUCAGAGAUCAGCCCUCCACUUGACUACCUCUUCCUCUCUCAGUGUGAAACCGGUACAAAGAGCAUCGUCAGGUGUGACAGCAUCUCUAACUCUGAACGCUCCUUUGAGCAGAGCUCGUCUGAGUACACCGAGGAUGUUUUUAGCCCCACCCCACGCAUUGACUCCUCCCCUUUUCUUUUGGCUGGGGUGUCCGAGCCCCCAUUCAGUGCCCCCUGUGGUCCACUCUCUCUCUCCUCCUCUCUUUCGUCCUGCCUCUCAUCUCCUAUCUCUCUACGCCGUCCACCGGACAUUUUCAGAUUCGACCGACCCUUCUGUGUGACAUCAGACCCACAGACGCCUCCUCCCCUCCCGCCCAAACCCACACACCUGUCCGAUCACCCCAGUAACGAUGAUACCGGCCGUAAUCAAACACAACCUGCUCUCCUCCCUCGCAGGACGUCACUUUCAGGAAUAGACCACUUUAGGAAAGGAGAGUUUGACAAUGCUGGAAGACACUGGAACAAACGUCUAAGCCUCAACCUGCCGAUAUUUCUGAAUACCACAGUUACUGAAAACCACUGUGAGGAUUCAUAUGUGCCCAUGGCCUCCCCACCAAUCAGCUGCUCUAAUGUCACUUCAGACGGCUACAUACCCAUGAGUCCCUCCACCCUGCCUGUCUCCCUACUGACCAACGGCAAAACAGAGCUGCCCUCACCUUCGAAUCCCGACCUUGAGCCUCCUCCUGUCGACCGCAACCUUAAACCAAAAAGACCAAAAAAGGUUCGACCGCCACCUUUAGACCUACGGGGCCUGUCCACAAUUUCUGAAUGUCCAUUCCACGUUCCUCUCACACGCACAAUGACAGAACCCAGCACAUUACUUCAGUGUGUUCCUCUGGACAGGCGGCGGGGAUGGGGCUCUGAACAGGAAGGGAGCAUCACGCCAACGGACUGUCGGCAGAUGCUGUUCCCAGCUUGUGAUUCUACCCCCUGGAUGAGGCCUUCUCAGCUGGAUUACUUGUCACUUGACUUCAACUCUGCCUCCCCCUCACCUGUCCAGAAGAAGCCGCUGCUGGCAGACGAGUACAGGGUGGAUUACGUGCAGGUAGACGAGAAGAAGACACAGGCUUUACAAAGCACCAAGAUGGAGUGGAAGGAUGUCCGUCAGUCAAAAGCCUAAAGCCUUCUGAGGAGGGGGGAAUAAUCCAUUUAAAUUAUUACAUGGUUCAAAACUUGACUUGUUUUCAUCUCCUACAAUUUCAGGUACAUGUUGAGUCUUUUACACUGCUGUGAAAGGAGCGAGUUCAGAGCUGGAUAAGAAACCUUUAGAAAUAAAAUGGCAGAAUAUUUAGGAAAUUAUUCCAGAAUAAAAGACCUCCAGCGCAAUUUCUCAAGACUAAAGCUGUUUAUUUUGUAGUCCUUAAAUCAGGAAGUGAAUUAGCAUUUUAGAUUGGGUUUCCUCUGGAAUUUCCUGUGGGUUUUUAGAACUGUGCUAUGAGAAAGUAUGAGGUUGACUUUACUUUGUUCUACAACAUAAAUGUCACACCUCAUGCCUCAAAUGUGAAAUGUUUUUUUUUUUUUUUUUUUUUUUUAAAAGUCC